CGGUAGCAUGGAAAUGGAACACUUUAAAGGGAACGCGCAUGAACUUGUCAAGAUGACCUGGGAGAGAAACCCACGAUAUUAGUACCUAGCGUUUGAGGGCAUGUUCUUCCAUUUUACACGUCGAACUGCGGCCAAUUGAUACCUGCCGCGUCCGACCAGGCCGAUCCAUGCCGAGUUCCCCUGUUUUCAUUUCGCGGUUCGAUACGAAGCACACAUUUGCGCCUACGGGGUUCGGGAGCUCCGUAAAACACUAGAAAGCCAGAGUUCGUCACCAGACUCACGGCCGUGAAGUGCUCUUUCAGGGCCAUAAGGAAAAUACGUUGGAUUCCGGUGGUUGUGCCGACUGCGCUCGGCGGCUCGGCGGCAUCAUGGCGUCCACCUCGGCCGAUGUCUCGGAUGGCGUUGUGCGACCCCGGCCCCGGAAGCCCAUCCAUUCGCAACUGUCGCAAACCUUCAGCGUGUCCGACACGAACGGCGGGCUUGAAACUCCCAGCAAUGGCCACGCCACGGGUAUGACGAGUGGCCGCUCAACCCCGGUUCCCCUCGACGCACCACCAUCGGUGAAGUCGCUCUCCACAGCGCGCAAGCAGGUUCGCGCAGAGCAGCGCCGCCGCCUCUUCCCAACCAUCGAGUUCGCGAGCCGCGUAUCCCACUUCGACCCCAACAGCGACUACCGCGACUUCCAUGGCUUUUUCAACCUCUUCUGGAUCGGCCUGGCCAUCAUGGCCAUAACCACCAUGCUGCGCAACAUCAAGGACACCGGGUACCCCCUGCGUGUCGAGAUUUGGACCUUGUUUACCGUCAAGCUGUGGCACCUGGCCAUUGCCGACUUCCUGAUGGUCGCGAGCACCGCCGUCUCUGUUCCCUUGCACAAACUCUUUCGCGCUGCGCCGGCCGAUGGUGCCUUGACAUGGGCAAAGGGCGGGAUGGCCAUCAUGAGCGUGUAUCAGGUCCUGUGGCUGGCUCUGUGGAUCGCCGUGCCUUUCCUCCUGGACUGGACCUGGACCUCCCAGGUCUUCCUCCUGCUCCAUACCAUGGUGCUGCUGAUGAAGAUGCACUCGUAUCUCUUCUAUAACGGGCAUCUGAGCGAGACGGAGAAGCGGCUGCGGGCGCUGGACAACCCUUCGACCGCCUCGCGCGCCCCGGCCUUCAUCUACCCUACCCCGGACAACCCGAUGGGCACGAUGGCCAGUCCAACGCGACCCGAAGCAAAGGGUAAGGGUGCCGCGGAGGACGGCGCCCCGGGUGAUGCGGACGAGGUUGCGCAGUUGCGCGAGGACCUGGCACGCGAAUUGACCAGCCCGCUUGGCAACACCACAUAUCCGGCGAACCUGACGUGGUCGAACUAUCUCGACUAUCUGUGCUGCCCAACCCUGUGCUACGAGAUUGAGUACCCGCGUAACGACAAGAUCGACUGGCAGAAUCUGUUCUCCAAGAUUGCUGCCGUAUUUGGCUGCAUCUUCCUGCUCACCGUCAUCUCGGAGGAGUUCAUCCUGCCGACUCUGGUCGACGCCUCCCAGAGGCUCGACCCGGCGCUGCGGCCACCCGGCUCACCGCUGACCGCGCUCGAGAAGCUCCUCGUCCUGGCCGAGACGAUCUCCUGGCUCCUCUUCCCCUUCAUGCUGACCUUCCUCCUCGUCUUCCUCGUUAUAUUCGAGUACGUGCUCGGUGCUUUCGCCGAGAUCACGCGCUUCGCAGACCGGCACUUCUACAGCGAUUGGUGGAACAGCACCGACUGGAUGGAGUUCUCGCGCGAGUGGAACAUCCCCGUCUACAGCUUCCUCCGCCGCCACGUCUACAGCGCCAGCCGCCCCCACAUCGGCAAGGCCAACGCCACCGUCAUCACCUUCCUGAUCAGCGCCGUCGGCCACGAGAUCGUCAUGGCCUGCAUCACUAAGAAGCUGCGCGGUUACGGCUUCAUUUGUCAGAUGCUGCAGCUGCCUAUCGUCAUGCUGCAGCGGACAAGAUGGGUCCGCGGCAGGAAGACGCUCAACAACGUGUGCUUCUGGUGCAGUAUGAUUCUGGGGCUGAGCUUGGUAGGUAGUAUUGCGCGUCUCUUCGCCUAGGUACCUACCUAGGUACUCAGUGAAAGGCGACUCCGCUAACUAAUGUGUUUUUUUUUGCCUGCAG